AUGUUCAGCUUGGAGCUCACAGCUUUAGUAGUGCUACUAGUGACUGUGGCACAUUCUUUAGCAAAGCCUCUUCCUGCAGCUGGGUCAGAAAAGUGGCUGUUAGCAGAGCGAUAUCUUCGGCAGUACUAUGGCUUACAACCUGGUCUCCUGGGACGAGGCCAAUCAUCAGAUAUCAUGCAUGACAAGAUCCGUGAGAUGCAGUCAUUCUUCAAGCUGGAGGUUACAGGCAGGCUUGACGACAACACACUGGAUCUAAUGAAGAUGGCCAGAUGUGGCGUGCCAGAUGUAGCCGAGUACAAUCACUUCCCCAAAGACCUCAAAUGGGACCACACUCUCGUCACAUUCAGGAUAACAAACUACACUCCUGACCUGGACGAAGAUGAUGUGGAUCGAGCCGUGCACAACGCCCUGAAAGUCUGGAGUGAUGUGACUCCUCUGAAGUUUAAGAAGCUACAUGAAGGAAAUGCUGACAUCAUGAUCAGCUUUGGAAAAAAAGAACAUGGUGACUUCAACCCAUUUGAUGGUCCUGAGGGGCUCCUUGCUCACGCUUACCCACCAGGAAAUGGCAUAGGAGGAGACACACACUUUGAUGAUGAUGAAACAUGGACAAAAGACUCACAUGAAUACAACCUGUUCUUGGUGGCAGCCCAUGAGUUUGGUCAUGCCCUCGGUAUGGCUCAUUCAUCUAACCCUGGAGCCCUGAUGUACCCAAUCUACGCAUAUGCUGGCGGUUUCCCUCUGUCUGAUGAUGACAUCAAAGGCAUUCAAUCCCUCUAUGGCCCUAACCCUGACCACAAGAAAGUCAAACCUAAACCUGUGGCUCCAAACAAAUGUGACCCCAAGUUGACCUUCGAUGCCUUGACAGAACUCCGUGGAGAGACGAUCAUUUUCAAAGACAGCUUUUACUGGCGUUUGCAUCCACAGAUGGUUGAGCCCGAGCAAACCCCCAUCAAAACCACCUGGCCACAAAUCCCAAAGAAAGUAGAUGCAGCUUAUGAGAACCCAGAGAAAGACGUUGUCAUCAUAUUCAGUGGUAUCAAAAUGUGGGCACUUAAUGGUUACACUCUGGUGGAUGGCUACCCAAAAUACAUCCACAAGCUGGGUCUUCCAAAAUCCAUCCGCAAAAUCGACGCUGCAGUGUACAUCCGGGACACAGGCAAGACUCUGCUCUUCACAGACGAGGACUACUGGAGUUAUGAUGAACAGAAAGGCGCCAUGGAUACUGGAUAUCCGAGAUCUAUUGAGGAUGACUUUCCUGGAAUAGGAGAUGAGGUGGAUGCUGUUGCCUAUCACUACGGUUAUUUGUACUUCUACCAUGAUCAAACACAGUUUGAGUACAGCUACAGUGCACGGAAAGUCAUUCGCAUCGAGAGAGUCAACUCCAUCUUCAACUGCUGAGCUCCUAUAGUGUGUAUGAAAUGAAACAACAGCUACCUAGCAGUUCAGAAAAUCUUUGUGAUGCUUCAUAUUUUUAUGAUAUGAUAUUUGACUACUGAGCUGGUAAAUCAGUAACAGUUCUGUGUAUGUAUUUAUAGUUUCAUGAGUCUGGACUCAUGCUGGAGAGUUGCCUGUGUUCAAAUGGAGUCUACUGUUCUAAAAGUAGUCGUGGAAGUUAUUAUGGGUGUGGACAGUGGUGACAAUAGUGAAAGAACAGGUUCUUUGUUGACUCAUGGACAGUGAAUAUUACAUGCAUUAUUUAAUAGUAUUAUGUAAUCUAGAGAAAUCAGUUCUUAAAUAAAAACAUUUUGGUCUA